GGCGCACUCAGCACCAUCCAAGGCCCACGGCCAGGCACCACGAGCACCGAGCCCCAACCGUUCCGUGCCGUCCAUCAGUCAUUCAUUCAACCGCCAGACGCGGCGCAGGCCAGUUGAGUGUGUCAGUCUCCCAUUGCCGAUUCCGCCUGCGAUUCCGAGUCCGAUUCCGAUUCCUACACCGACUACGUGUACGACUUCCACUUCGAUUCCGAUUCCGAUUCCGAAUUCAAAUCCGAUGCCAUUGGGCUUUGUUGGUUCUCCGUUUCUCGUCUUUUCGAGACACGCGAAUGUGUAUAAGAAAACGCGCAACGGCCGCUCGCGUUUUGCCAGCGAUUAAUGGGUUUAAUCAGCUUUGCUUGACUUGCCUGACACUGAGCGAAAAGAUGGCAAACUAAAUAUUGAAGACAAUAAAAUGAUGACUCGCCACAGGAUGUUGACCUGUCUUUCUUGUGGCCGCUUUCACCUGCCCCAGCAGCGACUUUCCUCACACCUCUCCGCGUAGAACAAACACUUCCGGUAUUGCAGCGCGGGAACAGCGGCAAUCAGAGGCGCUGCCAGCAACAUCAGGCGAUAUCUGAGUUAUAGACACCGAUAUAUAUAUAUAUUCGCCGCCGCUGUCGCCGCCUUGUUCUUCGCGAUUUCGUCGCCGUCAGCGUUCGCCGCCGACUGAGACGAAAGCUGCGAAGCAACGAGCGCCAGCGAAAGCCUCACCACGGACGCAUUUAUGGAUGCGGGCGGCCUGCCAGUUUUCCAGAGCGCCAGCCAAGGAGCCGCCGUCGCCCAACAGCAACAACAGCAGCAGCAACACCAGCAGCAGCAGCAACAUCUGAAUCUCCAGUUGCACCAACAGCACUUGGGCCUCCACCUGCAGCAGCAACAGCAGCUGCAACUGCAACAGCAGCAACACAAUGCCCAGGCGCAGCAGCAGCAGCAGAUCCAAGUGCAGCAGCAACAGCAGCAGCAGCAACACUCGCCCUACAAUGCCAACCUGGGAGCAACAGGCGGAAUUGCUGGAAUCACUGGCGGCAACGGAGCUGGCGGCCCUGCGAAUCCAGGAGCGGUACCCUCGGCUGGGGGAGACUCCAUGCCCACCAAGCGGAUGCCGGUCGUCGAUCGCCUGCGACGCCGCAUGGAGAACUACCGCCGCCGGCAGACGGACUGCGUGCCACGCUAUGAGCAGGCCUUCAGCACCGUCUGCGAGCAGCAGAACCAGGAGACCACCGUCCUCCAGAAGCGCUUCCUCGAGAGCAAGAACAAGCGGGCGGCCAAGAAGACCGACAAGAAGCUGCCCGAUCCCUCGCAGCAGCAGCAGCACCAGCAGCAGCAACACCAGCAGCAGCAACAUCAGCAGCACCAGCAACACCAGCAGGCCCAGACAAUGUUAGCCGGACAGCUGCAGAGCAGUGUUCAUGUGCAACAAAAAUUCCUGAAACGACCCGCGGAGGAUGUUGACAAUGGCCCUGACAACUUUGAACCGCCGCACAAGUUGCCCAAUAACAACAACAAUAGCAAUAGCAACAACAACAACGGCAACUCGAAUGCCAACAACGGCGGCAACAACAAUGGCUCCAAUAACAACAACACGGGCAACAGCGGCAACAACUCGAACAACAACAAUGGCCCCAACAACGGCAACAAUGGCAACAGCAACAACAACAACGGCUCAGAGAAUCUAACCAAAUUCUCGGUGGAAAUUGUUCAACAACUGGAGUUUACCACAUCGGCGGCCAAUUCGCAACCGCAGCAGAUUAGCACUAAUGUCACUGUAAAGGCGCUGACCAAUACAUCCGUGAAGAGCGAACCAGGUGUGGGCGGCGGCGGAGGAGGUGGCGGCGGUGGAGGUAACAACAGCGGCAACAACAACGGAGGAGGCGGUAACGGCAACGGCAACAACGGAAACGGGGGCGAUCACCACCAGCAGCAGCAGCAGCAACAGCAAGGCGGCGGACUGGGUGGCCUCGGCAAUAAUGGAAGGGGCGGAGGACCCGGCGGCAUGGCCACGGGUCCUGGCGGCGUGGGCGUUGGAGUCGGUGGUCUUGGCGGCAUGGGCAUGCCCCCGAACAUGAUGUCGGCCCAGCAGAAGUCGGCCCUUGGCAACCUGGCCAAUCUGGUCGAGUGCAAACGGGAACCCGAUCACGACUUCCCCGAUCUCGGCUCGCUGGACAAGGACGGCGGCGGCGGGCAGUUCCCCGGCUUUCCCGAGCUCCUUGGGGACGACAACUCGGAGAACAACGACACCUUCAAGGAUCUCAUCAGCAACCUGCAGGACUUCAAUCCCAGCUUCCUCGAUGGCUUCGAUGAGAAACCGCUGCUGGACAUCAAAACGGAGGAUGGCAUCAAGGUGGAGCCGCCCAAUGCCCAGGAUCUGAUCAACAGCCUGAACGUGAAGUCCGAGGGCGGAUUAGGACAUGGCUUCGGUGGCUUUGGCCUCGGCCUGGACAACUCGGGCAUGAAGAUGCGCGGCGGCAAUCCGGGCCAGCAGGGCGGCUUUCCCAACGGUCCGAAUGGCGGAGCAGGUGGUGCCCCCAAUACGGGCGGCAAUGGUGGCAACUCUGGUAAUCUCAUGUCUGAGCAUCCGCUGGCUGCCCAGACACUCAAGCAAAUGGCCGAGCAGCAUCAGCACAAGAAUGCCAUGGGCGGCAUGGGUGGAUUCCCCCGACCGCCGCACGGCAUGAACCCCCAGCAGCAGCAGCAGCAGCAACAACAGCAGCAGCAACAGCAGGCCCAGCAGCAGCAACACGGCCAGAUGAUGGGGCAAGGUCAGCCGGGUCGCUAUAACGACUACGGUGGCGGCUUCCCCAAUGACUUUGCCCUGGGGCCCAACGGUCCGCAGCAGCAGCAACAGCAGCAGCAGCCGCAGCAGCAACACCUGCCGCCCCAGUUCCACCAGAAGGGUCCUGGCCCCGGAGCCGGCAUGAAUGUGCAGCAGAGCUUCCUGGACAUCAAGCAGGAGCUCUUCUAUUCCUCUCAAAACGAUUUCGAUCUCAAGCGUCUGCAGCAGCAGCAGGCCAUGCAGCAGCAGCAGCAACAACAGCAGCAGCAGCAACACCACCAGCAGCAGCAGCAACAGCCCAAAAUGGGAGGUGUGCCGAACUUUAACAAGCAGCAGCAACAGGUGCCGCAACAGCAGCAGCAACUGCAGCAACAGCAGCAGCAAUACUCGCCCUUCAGCAACCAGAACGCCAAUGCGGCGGCCAACUUCCUCAACUGUCCGCCAAGGGGGCCAAAUGGCAACCAGCAACCCGGCAAUCUGGCGCAGCAGCAACAGCAGCAACCCGGCGGUGGUGGACCGCAGCAGCAACAGCAGCAGCAGCAGCAGCAGCGUGGAAACGCCGGCAAUGGGCAGCAAAACAAUCCCAAUCCCGGCGGCAACACCUCAAAUGCACCGCAGCAGCAGCAAUCGACGACCACAACGCUGCAGAUGAAGCAGACGCAGCAGCUGCACAUUAGCCAACAGGGUGGCGGAGCCCAUGGUAUUCAGGUGUCGGCCGGUCAGCAUCUGCAUCUCAGUGGCGACAUGAAGAGCAACGUCUCGGUGGCCGCCCAGCAAGGCGUCUUCUUCAGUCAGCAGCAGGCGCAGCAGCAGCAACAGCAGCAGCAGCCCGGCGGCAACAACGGACCCAAUCCCCAGCAGCAGCAGCAACAGCCGCAUGGCGGCAACGCUGGCGGUGGAGUGGGCGUGGGUGUGGGCGUGGGCAAUGGCGGUCCCAAUCCAGGACAGCAGCAGCAGCAACCAAAUCAAAACAUGAGCAAUGCAAAUGUUCCCUCCGACGGCUUCUCGCUCUCCCAGAGCCAGAGCAUGAACUUCAGCCAGCAGCAACAGGCAGCAGCGGCGGCGGCUGCGGCGGCGGCAGCGCAACAGCAACAGGCUGCGGCGCAGCAGCAGCAGGUGCCGCCGAACAUGCGCCAGCGUCAGACGCAAGCGCAGGCAGCGGCUGCAGCAGCGGCGGCAGCACAGGCGCAGGCGCAGGCGGCGGCCAACGCCAGCGGUCCGAAUGUGCCGCUCAUGCAGCAGCCGCAGGUCGGAGUGGGCGUGGGCAACGGAGGAGUGGGCGUGGUCGGCGGACCUGGCUCCGGCGGUCCCAACAACGGUGCAAUGAAUCAGAUGGGCGGACCCAUGGGCGGCAUGCCGGGCAUGCAGAUGGGCGGACCCAUGAACCCCAUGCAGAUGCAGAACCCCAAUGCCGGCGGUCCCACCGCUCAGCAGAUGAUGAUGGGUGGCGGUGCCGGCGGACCGGGUCAGGUGCCGGGCGCAGGAGGACCCGGGCCCAAUCCCAGCCAGGCCAAGUUCCUGCAGCAGCAGCAAAUGAUGCGCGCCCAGGCGAUGCAGCAGCAGCAGCAGCACAUGUCCGGCGCUCGUCCGCCGCCGCCCGAGUACAAUGCCACCAAGGCGCAGCUGAUGCAGGCCCAGAUGAUGCAGCAGACGGUGGGCGGUGGCGGCGUGGGCGUGGGAAAUGUGGGAGUUGGAGGGGUUGGCGGCGUCGGUGGCGCCAAUGGAGGUCGCUUCCCCAACAGCGCUGCCCAGGCGGCGGCCAUGCGACGCAUGACCCAGCAACCCAUCCCACCCUCUGGUCCGAUGAUGCGACCCCAACAUGCGAUGUAUAUGCAGCAGCAUGGCGGAGCAGGCGGCGGUCCAAGGAGCGGCAUGGGCGUGCCCUAUGGCGGCGGAGCGGGCGGACCCAUGGGCGGACCGCAGCAGCAGCAGAGACCGCCGAACGUCCAGGUCACGCCCGACGGCAUGCCCAUGGGCUCGCAGCAGGAAUGGCGGCACAUGAUGAUGACGCAGCAGCAGUCGCAGAUGGGCUUCGGCGGACCAGGUCCUGGUGGACCCAUGCGACAGGGACCCGGCGGAUUCAAUGGAGGCAACUUCAUGCCCAAUGGAGCACCCAAUGGAGCGGCGGGCAGCGGGCCCAAUGCUGGGGGCAUGAUGUCCGGCCCAAAUGUACCGCAAAUGCAGCUGACACCGGCCCAGAUGCAGCAGCAAAUGAUGCGCCAACAGCAGCAACAGCAGCAGCAGCACAUGGGACCCGGUGGCGGCAACAACAUGCAGAUGCAGCAACUGCUGCAGCAGCAACAGGCCAGCGGUGGAGGCAACAUGAUGGCCAGCCAGAUGCAGAUGACCAGCAUGCACAUGAGCCAGACGCAGCAGCAGAUAACCAUGCAGCAGCAGCAGCAGUUCGUGCAGAGCACCACCACAACCACGCACCAGCAGCAGCAGAUGAUGCAGAUGGGGCCAGGAGGCGGCGGCGGUGGUGGGGGCGUGGUGCCUGGAUCGGCCAGCAACAACAAUGGCGGCGUCGGCAGCGGCGUGACACCGGGCGGAGGCAACUCCGCGUCGACCAUUGCCAGCGCCAGUUCCAUCAGCCAGACGAUCAACUCGGUGGUGGCCAACUCGAAUGAUUUUAGUCUCGAAUUCUUGGAAAACCUGCCCGUGGACAGCAACUUCUCCACGCAGGAUCUGAUCAACUCCCUCGACAACGACAACUUCAACCUGCAGGACUUCAACAUACCGUAAACGUAAACGUGAACGACUGUCGGGAACCACUCAAUCUUAACCACCACCUCCAGCCAGCACCAAACACAACCACCACCACCACCAUAACCACCACGACGUUGCCUCAGUUUUGUUUAGAUUUUUAUUUUGUUGCCUCUUGUUGUUAUUGGCCUGGGCAGCCGAAGCCAAACGCCCCCACACGGCCCCGCCCCGCCCCCCGUUCCUGCCAACGAAGUUAUUUUGUUUGUUAUUUGUGUGUGAAUUUAUUCCUAAGCUAAGUUCGUUCGUCUAUGUACUCUAAUUUCGUGGACUCCACUGUAUUGUAUUGUAUUUGUAUGUAUUAUUAGUAGAGCUGUUCCCAAGGUCCAAGGCGAGCGCCCACUGGGCGUGGCAGCGCGGCGGCGAUAGUUCGCAAGACAUUCCAUAUGCACCGGUCGAACUGAGGAAUUAGGCAAAUUUGAAAAGUAUUUGCAAGUACUUUAAAAUCAAACCAACAGAUUUCAAAAUUCACAUACACAGACACACGCACUGAGAGACUCGUUGUGCAACUUAAGCACUUGUACUUAAUGCAAAUUUUUAGUGCCACGCCCAGCGGAUUGCACGCCCCAUUUCGUUUGAUUACUUAAGCAAAAGCCAGAUGAAAUGAUGGAAGCAAACGCAAAAAGAACCAACAACAAAAGAAAAUCGAAAAAAAAAAACACAAAAUAGUUGUACAUUUUAUAUUGUAUUUAAUUUUAUUUAAUUUUUAUAAAAACAAAAUCGACAAACUAAAAGAAAGAACAAAAAAAUGGGAAAACAAAAUCGAGAAACUGUCAGAAUAAAGAGCAAAAAUAUUGGUGAUAUUUUAAAUGCUUAAACACAAAUUGAGAAAUAAGCGAAUCAAAUGAGAAAACAACAAAAGCGAAGACCACAAAGCAAAACUAAAGGGGAAGAACUUUUUAAAAAACCAUAAAUUUGAGAAGGAGAAACAGUUAUUAUUAUUAUAUUAUAAUUAUUAUUGUACAUUAAUUUUUUUAGACGAGUUCAUUUUUAAAUGGAAUUUUAAACGCGGAGCAAGAGUGCGAGAAAUGCGCAAACAAAACAUAUUUAAAAAAUAUACACUAUAUAUUAUGCGUAGUUUUUGGUAGUGAAACGUAAUUAGUAGUUUGUUAAAUAAAUUGAUAUACACCCACAAAUACAUAAUAUACAAAUCAUAUGUAUGCGAUCCGAUAUAUUUGAUCACUGUAAAAGCAGCGCUAACAAUUUACGAGUAUAUAACUAGUGUUAAGUCGCCACAAAAUGUUUGAGGAGAUAAGCGGAGAUCGAAAUUUAUAUUUACUACAUGCGCCUGGCCGCAUUACCAAGUGAUGCCAUGCCAAGCCAAGCCACGCCCACACAGAUUAAAAUGAAGAUAUUGAUACAAAGGAGGACGAACAAUAUUAGAGCAAACAAAAAAUCGCGAAAACAAGCAAAUGAAAUGAAAAACGCCAGAGAUUCCAGCAAUGAAAUUAUUGUACGACAACUAAUUAGAGCAAUUCCAUAAGUCCAUAAGUUAGACGUUCAGUUGAGGCCAUAGAAAUUUUUGAAUCGGGCACAGCGGUUGCCACUUCCACAAUUAUAUAGUAACAGACAGCUCACAGCCAUUUUUGCAGAGUUUAAAUUAAUUAGGAUCAGCAGCAACAAAUCCAUAGCACACGCCUAGCAAAAAAAUAUAUAAUAAAUUUAAUGAAAAGUAUUUAAGCCGCAGACAAACAAACGAUUAAAGUCUAACAAAAUUUACUAUUACAAUUAUAAAUGAAUAAAAUACGCGAAUUGUAGUUUGUAAUUAAUGCUAAAGAUACGAAGUAAAAAUUUGUUUAUAACUAUUAUAUACCGCAAAUUAUAUAUACACUAUUAUUACUAUAUACAAUAUGGCAUAUUAUUAUUACAUAUAUAUUUCACCAUGAAAACAAACUAGCGAGUAAAAUCGUAAGGUGUUCAGAAGCCGCCUCGCUAAGCAGUUCCAUUGAUCAGUUUCCCCGCGAAACUCGAGGCCAAUCCCGGCUAGAAACAGAAGCAAAUCCGAGCUCGACAUCAAUUAACAAGAAAGCAACCAGCUGCCAGCGGCAAACCAUAACAACAAAUAUUGACCAUCUCAAAACUUAAAGGGAAAGAGCAAUGGCAUUGCAAUUGCUUAGAGCCUGCUACUAUUUCACUCAAGAUUUAAAUCGUUUUGAACAGGCCUUUGGUUUUCUGUUUGAUUAGCCAAAAUGUAUUGGUGCGUGAGCGUUCUGUUUGCCAUUCUGUUGUUCUCCGAGAUGGAACGAAAUGUUGGGAAGCAAAAACAAACAUUUAAAGAUGUUCUUUUACGAUUAAAAAAUGAAAGUAAAAAUAAAAUAGAAAAAUAUUACUUUUGUAAAUAAAUUAAA